GACACAACCUAGGCAUUCGUGCAUGGCUUUAUGUGAUAUCUGUGAACAAGCUGGCUUUUUUGAACAAUUCCUUCACGAGAACAGUUGGAACUGAAUCUAAUAAGAAAAAAAAAAUUAUGCUUUUAUGCUUUAACUCUGAACCUACACAAGAAUCAGCAAUGAAGCAGAGGAGGCAACACGAGUCACAAAAAAAAUAUUUGUCUUAGUAACUGUUAAUUUUUAAUAAUAAUUAUAAUUAUUAUAGUGCAACACCCAAGUUUGAACUAUUUAAACAGGUCUGAGCCUCGGUCAUUUUGUCAGUUUGUAGAUAAAAAUUAGUUCUCACAUGGUUUCUGUCUUAUAACUAAGUAUAAAAGAGCCAGUCUUUUGAACAGAAAGGAACGCAUCCAAAAGAUUCAGAUCCUAUAAAGGAGCACUAGCUCAAAGCACCUCAGUUUAGGGAUACACCAGUACCGAUAUUGGUAUCGAAUUUUGGCGUCGAUCCAGGAAAAUUUGGAUCGGGUAUCGGCUCCAUGAUAUUGGUUCAGCUGAUAUCCUGGAUGGGCCAUUAAGUGAAUGUAAUAAGAUUGAUGCUGGCCCAGAAAGUCUCAUAAUGUGUGAACUUUUAUUCAUACAAAGCUGUUCAAUAGUUACUUAAAUAACAGUUACAGAACACAACUGAAUCAAUAUUGUUAGAACUUAACUGUAUUUUUUUGGGGGAAAAAAGGCCAUUCCUACACUGGUAUCAGUUUAUUUCCGAUAACAGCAGUUACUUGAAGCCACAGUAUUACUAUUGUUAUCAUAAUUGAAAAAACUGAAUCUGUGCACCCCGGUCUCUGUUUGUGGGCUUGUAUGCUUUCUGUCCCAUAGGCUGCAGCAGGGCCACUCCAUGUGGCUAGUGCAGCACUGUGCUCAAGACGUGCUGGAGGCUCUGGCCUUUCUCCACAGAGAGGGCUAUGUCCACGCUGACCUCAAACCUCGCAACAUGUGGAGUGCAGACGACCAGUGCUUCAAACUCAUCGACUUCGGCCUCAGCUUCAAGCAGGGCAACCAGGAUGUGAAGUACAUCCAGACGGACGGGUAUCGGGCCCCUGAGGCUGAGCUGCAGAACACUCUCGCCCAAGCUGGAGUGGAGCUGGAGGUCCACUGCACUGCAGCCGUGGACCUGUGGAGCCUGGGCAUCAUCCUCCUGGAGAUGUACUCAGGAGCCAAGCUCAAGGACACAGUGCGCUCACAGGAAUGGGAGGACAAUAGUGCAGCUGUUAUUGACAAGAUCUUCGUCAGCAAGAGUGAGGCGCACCCUGCUAUUCCUGUGUACCACCUCCGAGACCUGAUCAAGAGCAUGCUGCUGAAGAGCCCUCAGCAGAGAUGCACUGCGUCUACAGCACUGCUCAGCCCCUUCUUCAGUAUCCCUUUUGCUCCACACAUCGAGGAGAUGGUGUUGCUGCCGUCUCCUGUCCUGCGCCUGCUCAACCUCAUCGAUGACAGCCACCUGCAUAAUGAGGACGAGUAUGAAGAUAUCCUGGAGGACAUGAAGGAGGAGUGUCAGAAGUAUGGCUCUGUGGUGUCUCUGCUCAUCCCCAAAGAGAACCCCGGCAAAGGACAGGUCUUUGUGGAGUACUCCAGCUCCAGUGACGCCAAAGAGGCCCAGAGGCUGCUGACGGGACGCACCUUCGAUGGGCGCUUUGUGGUGGCCACCUUCUACCCCCUGAGAGCCUACCGGAGGGGCUACCUCUACCAGACACUACAAUGACACUCCAUUCCAACUGCUUGACUAUAGUUUACUCAUGAUGUCAUGUAUUGUUUUAAGUCUGUGUGGUUCUCUAAAGACCAACAGCAUGUCCCAGCCCCAGGCUUGACCUUUGAGUGUGUCAUUGGACAGGAGGACCCCUGCUGUGUCCUAACGUGUACACACUGCAUAUUAGUUUUCUUCGAGUUGAUGAUCAAAAGCCUUCGUCUCUGCCUAAAUGAGAUAGACAUAGAUCUGUUGUAUUGCAUUUAUUGAUUUUCCAUUUUAAAUGAAGUGUGAUGAGGUCUGUUAAAGUGCCUUUUAAAUAAAUAUCAUUCAUAAGAAAACUAUAAAUCUAUCUUUUAUCCUAUAGAAAUAUAUCAUUGGCAUUGAUAAAAUGUUAUUGAUGGAAAAAAAGACCUCUUAACACAAGUGCCAAAAGGGUGUGUGGUAUAAAUUAAAUGCAAGAAAUAUCUUGGAACCGUUGGUUCUCAGCAGUUAUUUAUUUGUGUAAAAAGACAUGUGCUUUUUCUGGUAUUUCAUUUUAAAAUAUAACAUAUGUAGAUCAUCGUUUACAUUGAGUUGUAAACCACAAUAAUGGAUGUUUAGAGUUCAGACAUAAAAAAAUAGAAACUGAUCUUGACUUUCUGUUCAAAAUUGCAGAUCUGAGAGACACCUCUUCAAUUAUGUAAUUUCACUGAAACGGUGAGCUGUCCUUGACGUGGUUUAAUUUUGAAAAGUGGCUUUGUGACAUUUUAGAACCCUAUAUCUAUCACUCUGAAUUUUUCAAAUGAUCACAGGGUAGAUGGUGUUCUGAGAACGACCUUACACACUACUACAGCCCUGUGUGUGACCCUUACACAUUACUACACCCAUGUGACUGACUACAGUCUUGUGUUGUGUGUGACCCCUACACACUACAGUGAAGAUGCAGUAGGCCCAGACUUUUCCACAUAAAGAGCACAAAAAGUAGUUUCUCUUUGUUUAUGCACAUGUAGAAGACAGACUGUAGCUCUGACUUUGCCCAUGUCUCCCUACCCGUUAUUGCUUUGCCUGAGAUGAAAAUGUGCAACUAUGAAACAUCUUGAAAGUGACUGUGAAGCCCUGGAUAUAGAAAUGAUAACCUAUUUAUUUUUAUAUUCUCCCAAGAAUUCCAGUGUUCUGUAUUGUAUGACCAGCUAUGUUCAUUCUGUGCUUCUACUGUUGGACUGUACCUUAUGCACACAGAGCACUCACCCAUAUUUUACUACUUUGUAGUUCUACUUAAUAAAGUGCACUUCUGCUUCCAGUA